CGUUCGUUCGCCGGCCGGACGCGGCUGCUGCUGCUUUGCCGGCGCAUCAGUCGGUCGCGAACCUCGGCGCCGUCAAGUUGUGUGUAUGCGGCGCUCGCGCGUCGGCUGCCUAUACCCUCACUUGUGCGUGCAGCUUUCGUAGCGUAGGCAUCGUGGAUUUUUCGUGUACUAACCGCGCCCUGGGUCCUCCUGCCUGUCGCAAUCUCCGUGCGCUGUGGCGGCGGCAUGUUCUCUGUGACUGCGGCGUUCGCUCGUCGCCGUCGGAGACGCCAGGACGGUGUGCUUGUGCUGCUGAGCGUCGUGCGGCCGCUGCCUGCUGGCGUCGGAUGCCGUGCCUUCGAACAGCGUCACUGCUACGGCCCGAUGGAUUUCCGAGCGCGUGCCCAGAGCAGCAACUCCGCCGAUGCCGUCUCGUUGUGUUAACGACGCACGGUAGUAGUAGUAGUAGUAGGUAGCUAUAUUUAGGUGUGUUCAUUCGCGCUGGGCCCCCGCAUAUCGGAGACGGAUCUUGCGCCUCGCUAUGACGACGACAAUGGUGGAUGCGACGACUUUGCUGACGGUGCCGACUUGUCGGUGUCUGCGCGAAUCGACCUCGACGACGACUACGACGACUAUCGGCGACGGAGCCGCGACGUCGUCUACGCGGCGUACCACCGUUUGCGCCUGCCGGUGUUGCUGCUGCGAAUCGCCGGACUGCUGUUGCUGUUCCAGCUUCAUGGUGCUCGAACCGACGCGGCAAAUCGGCGCUGGUUCCUCCUCUUCCUCCUCCUCCUCGCCGGCGUCCAGCUGCGGAGCGGGCGGUCCCUGGUGGCCCAAGGGCCUGCUACAGGUUGACUCUCGGAGGCUGGCCACCUGCCCGCCGGGCUGGCUCCUGUUCAUCGUGCUCGCCGCAGCGCUCCUCCGGAUAGCAGAUGGAUGUUCAUCACGGUCGACGCCCAAGCCACGGCCACCACAGUCAACGGUGCGGCCAAACAUUACAUUCCAGACAUACACAUGCCCUGAGACAUAUGCAAAGUGGUACUGCCUCAAUGGAGCCACAUGCUUCUCCAUCAAGAUUGGAGAGUCCAUCCUCUACAAUUGCGAAUGUGCAGAGGGAUAUAUGGGGCAACGUUGUGAAUUCAAGGAUCUAGACGGAACAUACUUGCCCACUAGGCAGCGAGUGCUGAUCGAGACAGCAAGCAUUGCAGGUGGCGUCACAGUGGCAGUCAUACUUGUCUUCAUAGUCUGCGUCACGGUGUACUUGUAUUACCGGCGUAGGAAAGACAAGACGUUCUUUGACGUUCCAGAUGAGCCAAAGCUCUUCUUCUGUGACAGGAGGAAGGCGACUGGUCCACAGCCACAGCUUGUCCUUAGGCAGACUGACCUCGAGCGAGGCAGAGGCGCGCACAUGUGUGAAGAAAACCGGUGCUCCAGCAGCUAGGAGUGAAGUUAAGCUAGUUCCGGGCUGCUGCUUCUGGUGUCUGUAGUGCAGCACUCACUGCAUUCUGCCAAUGAUCCAUCCUGUUCAGGAAAGGGUGUGAUGACCCAUGCUGGACCUUCCCCUACCUAACGCCUGUCCCUUCUUCAAAUCUUGGAGACAAGGACAUUAUUACUCUGCUACAUUUAUUUAAGCUUCAAAAGACGUCUGGACAGUGCAUGCUGCACCAGCAGCAGAGAGAGGGAUAGCGUGGUGUGUUGUUCAGCAGGGCUUUGUGGUUUUUUGUGUGUGUGUGGAACUGCAGGAACUUCCCUCGGGCUUUUUUUUUUUUUUCGCAUACACGCUUGUUUUAAUUAAUCCCCAUUGUUGUGGAGAAUGACUGUCACUGCUGUGCAUUCGGCAGCCUUGCCUUCCACCCCUUCGCCCGCUGCCCGCCUGCCUUGCUGCUUGCUACCAUCCCGAUGACCGAUUGUGUCAUCGUUAAGCGCUUGUUGUUGACUUCCAAAGACUCUGCUGUUUAUCCUUGUUCCAUCAUGUAUACAUGGCAUUUUGACAACAUUCCCGGGGCUGCCACUGCUGCGGAGAAACGCCAACUUCACUGGAUUUGACCGGGCGUGACAUACAUUGUUCUGCAUCUUUUUUUUUUCCUUCCUCUCUUUCACUCCUACACCACUCACUUGUUUUCUCCCAUGGGUUAACUUAGACACGUUGUUUGCUUUUCUUCUCUAAAUGGCACAAGAAUGUUGCCAUUGGUCCCAAUAUCCCACCCCUUGUUUCUUCACCUUGUUUCGGUCUUUUGCUAAAAACUUUGUUGUGUUCUUUGUUUGUCAUUACUUCAUGCGGCUUGGGUUUGGAAGCCUUGAAGACAGCGUCGCUGUGAUGCCUGUCUUUCCCAGGACACUUGCCUCUGCCGCCAUUGUGUUGAUGAUAGUGUGGCAUAGUGGAUCCCACUUGGUAACUUUUUUAUGGCUGUUGUGUUGAUUGUGUGUGCAUGUGUGUGUGUAGAUAGUGUACAUAAUGUGCAACUCUCUCAUUGGAACAAGAAAAGGCAAAAAAAAGUGCUAUGUUUCCUCGUUGGCUCGUCCUCUGUUGUCUCUCCCCUUCCCCCUCUCUUUCUCUCUCUCUUUUUUUUUCUCCAUUAUCGCCACAAUAAGCUAGCUAUGUUGAGGAUGGAGGGCUCUAGAUCUGUUAAUAUUAAAUGAUAGCUGAAUGUAGUGCAUCGGCCUUUCAUCUCGCAGCUAUAAAUUAGAAGCAGGUGUAUUUAUGUGGCUAUGGUAGGUCUGGCAGGUCCUGCAAAAUUAACACUGCCCAGUGCACUGAGUCAGAGCAGUAGGGAUAACAUUUGGUGCAAAAGUUUGUCACAAUACAGUGCACAUGCACAAUAUAAUCUAAUAUCGCCUUAAUAGGUAAUAGGCAUGCUUUAUGCGCACAAUAUUAUUUGUUGUCGGUCUGCAAGACUGACUACUUAAUAAUAUCUUACUUGUUGGUCUGCAAAGUGUGAUAGUGACCCUGUUGCAUUUUUUGUCAUAUUUGUUACUUCUUCAGAUAGCAGUAGUCGGUAUAUAAGUAAUCGGAGAUAUGGUGACUUACUCUGGGACAUCUACCUAGCUAACAAUCAACAUUCUCUGUCAUCAACUUAAGCAAUAUUCUCUGCGAGGCUAACCUGUAAGCCAUAUCCAUUCCUGAUGAGUGUACUGGGCAGUAGCUGAGUAUGCUGCAGCUGCUUUUUAGGUGCUCUCGUUAAUCCAGUGAGUUGUAGAUGUGUAGAUACUAUUUUUGGGCACUGUGGGCAUCUAAAGUCUCUCUUGACUAUAUGUGAUUAAUUAAUUAGCCAAUGGGGCCGUAUUCAGUGAGCAUGUCUAGCAUUAGUCGCUAUUUGGACAUGAUGAAAUUCUCUCAUCUAAAAAUCUCCUUCAUGGUGCAGUUGAGAACAGAAACUGAUUUCCGCGAAAUGGUAGCCAAUUAUAUCUGAGAUGGAACGAAUUCUUGACGAUCCGUUCAAUAUUGUCUGGCAACAAGAUGCUCACAUUGUUGUCAGCCUUAACUAAUGAUGCUAAACUGCGACAUAGCAAAGGUGUCCCUUUUAGGAGGUGUCAUUCGGGUGCUCAUGAACUUUGCUGAAAUGGGGACCAGAGCCUCCUCAGUGUUUCUCAGGCCUGUUAGAUGUUCCUGGUCUCUAAGCACUGAGCCCUCCCAUUCUGUCAGUGGCCCCCUUGUUUUCUCUUGAGGUGUGAGGAUUGUACAGCCUUAUAAGUAUGACCAAUAGCUAUAAUAUUAUUAUGGUUAUGACUAUUUGUGCAUUGCAAGGGUCGAUGCACCAUUAAGAGCGAAUCUCUUGCUGCCUGUUCUCCUAGUUCCUAUUAUCGUUAGGCCCGUAUUUUUUUUGUAUUUGAGUGGUUUACCACAGCUUGUUGACGAGCUCACGAGGCAAACGCAUAAGUGCUUUCUUCUUUUUCCUUUUCUCCCACAUGCCUUGUUAACAUGUAGACAUUUCUCAAACCAGACUUGAUUGACCCCGUGAUGCAUUAUGGGACUUUUGUUUCUAAUGCGAAUGCUUGAACUUUGGCAAUGUUGCAUAUACCAAGGGCUUUGAAUCUCGGGUGCUUGCUUGGACUCUUCUUUGUGCAACCCAGGCACAUAAGAGCUGUUGUGUUGGUUUCAUUUGUUUGCUUUGCAUAUGGUUGUUGCGUGAUGAGAAGCCGUUGUGCAUUUCGAGGUUGAAUUUUCAUGAAUGAAAUCUCAAGAAUGAUUGGGGGGAGAGCAACCACACGGUGUGGCAUGAUGUGUUGCGUUACAUUCUUGAGAGAGAUUUCACACGGUGCUUCAUAUUGGCAUAUUUUAAGUUGUGGAUUGCAUAAGUGCUGCAUAUUACAUAGAAAACAUGAUUCCUGUUUUGUCAAACAUAGGGUUAAGCAUCUACCUGUAGCAACAGUGACAAGUGUCUUUAGUGCCUUGUGCAACACAUUUGACUGCUGCUUUAUCUGUGUUAUGUAACAGAUGCUGUUGUUGGGCUGUUUUUGUAAGGCUUGCACGACCAUGUUGUGCCGAGAAUGCAUUUAGAAAUGCGAUAGGAAUUGAUUGUUUCAAGAAUGAUUAGAUUCUUGAGGUGCCGUAUUACACUGCACUUUAUAUUAUAGUUCAGCACUCAUUUCCAAGAUACAUAAUUACAAUAGAAAGAUUAUUUCAAACUGUUGUAAUCGGUAAAGCACAAUAAUGUACUGCAUUGCGUAGCUUAGUAUAUCACAGUGAAGGUAUUGCUGUACCUUUACGAUAACGAACUAAUUAUUUGCUUGAAUAUUGCAUAAUGCUUGUUAAGAGCUUGCCAGUUUUUGUAGGCUAAAGUCAGAGUUUGCUGUAGAAGACUAAAUGUUUUAUAACUGUUGAUCACCUUCAAUUAUAGAAUUGGUGCUGUGAAAUUCUUUGUCGAAUGAGCGUUGAUAGAAACUGAAAGCGCAACGUCAUCUGCAUACCCCAUUGAGAGCCUGGAUUGGCUGGUAUACAAGUACACAUCUCUAUCUAGUCCUCCCUAUUUAUCAGUUGUCUGCUUUGAAAACGCAUUACGUUUAUAUUUGGUUGCAGGAUGGUUGGUGUGGUUCUCUCCUCUUUUUCAAUACUGCCUCUUUGUGUGCUUUUUCAAAUGUUUACGUAAAUGAUAGUGGCAGGUCGAACCACGAUGUUCUUAGAAAGCAGUUUUGUUUAACAGGGUAGCUGCCCUGACCUCUACUUAUUUGGCCAUUGUGAAGUGACUUGUAAUAAGUAAAAUAAAAAUCUAUUUGAGUUGAGUCUUGGUGCCAGGAAGCACUUGGUAGCAAUAUUGCAGUUGUUUUGAAAAUGCUUGGACCCCCAACCCCUUCCACCCCUUCCCCAAUGCUUUUUGUAUCAACAUAUUUUUUGUAUUGCUACUUUUCAGGAUGGAUUUAAAAUAUAUAUAUUUAUAAUCUGAGGCAUAGCUUUGUCACAUUACCACUGUAUGUGCUGCUGACAAGUAACACUGAUUGUUCUUUUGAAUCCUCCUGGCUGAUAUGGAUGGAUUGGCAGAUGACACCAAUCCAGCUUGAUAUUUUUUCUACAUAUGCGCUCUAGUUGUUCACUGUAUUUGCUCUGCUUCCAGAGUAAUUGGUGUGCUGUUUUUCUAUCUUAGGAAAACAAAAUCAAGCUUGAAUGUUUUUUAUGUCAUUUUUACAGGCGCAUUAUUGUUUUGCCAUAGGGUUCUCUCUCCUUUUUUUUUUCAUGCAGUGUAAUGAAAGCUGGGCACAGUCUUACUUGUUGAUAUUUAUGCAUCAGGGCUACCUUACCUUCUUGCUGGAACUCCAUGCUUUCCUUUAUGCCAUGGGCAACUUUUCUGGGCACUUGCAGACGAGACAAGUAAGAGAUGGCCAUACAGAUCAUGCCUGAGAAGAUAUAUAUAUUUUUUUCAGUGCUUGAUUUCUUUUGAAACAGCACAUUAUCACAGUUACAUUACAGUGGGAUGCAAUAAUCCUCAGAUUCUCGUCUGGAAUAACUGUAUUUUGCCACAAUCUUUACUGUAAUGCAAAUUCUCUCUCUCUCUUUGUUUGUUCAUUGGCACGAUCUGCAAUGCCGGCAAGACUUCUAUGACAUUCCUUCUAGACAAUAUACAGGUCUGUAAAGGACAUCAGUGUAAUCAGUUGUGCAGUUUUCAGGUGCACUUGGUGUGGCACUCGAGCCAUGCCCUCUCUCUUAAGUGUCUCGUCUAGAUCUCCUUCUCUGCUGCUUUCUCUGUAACUCGCCUCAUACUGAGGGUUUAAGACCAAAGCUGAUAUCGCGUCGUCUAGGUGCAUCGCGUCUUAUUUAUGAGGAAAGAGAAUACAAAAGUACUUGUGAAAGAGUAAUGUAGAUUUGUUGCGUCGGGUGCCUCGUGGUUUGAGGUCACAAAGAAAAAUAAAAAGUCACUUGUAACAAACAA